AAAGCUUUAACUAAGGCCUUCCCAACAACACUUCAAGAGAGUGGAAACUCUGCAAAUAAAGACGGUGCGGUGGUCGGUGCUCAAAAUUCAAAUCCUCCAAUCGCGAAGUACAAUGAAACGGCCGCUUCUUCAAAUGCUAUUAAGGAGUCUGAUUCCUCGGAGAAGCACAUCGGUCUUCCAUCAUCAGAAGUAUCCGAAGCGCCACUAAUGGACCAGGAUCCGACGGAAACUCUGAAUGAGCACCCUACUCGACUUGACUACUAUGAAGAUAUGCAAAUCUUAAAAGAUCCCGAUGAAGAUGAUACACCUGUUCUGCCAGAACACGCGGUGAAUGUAAAUGAAGAUUACGCAGGAAUUUACGACUAUCGAGGUUCACCGGAUGGUCGAUAUCGUCGCAAAAGGACAUUGACCACGAAUAUCGAACAGCUUCUCAUAAGGUCCUCACGCUUGAACAGGGUACGACGUAGCAUAUCUGAUAACUCUUUAUCUGAGACGAUAUCAGCAGGCGAGCGUGCUGAGAGGCUCGUUUCGUUGUUACGUAUCCUUCAAGAUGCUGAUCCUGCUUUUGAUGCAAAUGAUUUCCUUAAGGUUCUUCAUACGCCAUCAGUGAGUGACCAAGACCUCGAAUAUUUAAUCUAUUUGUCAAAUAUUGCGGAUCUUACCGGCGCAACCGCCUUGUUUCCACGUCCAGCCGACCGAGAUCACGAUGUCAGAGAACGCAACUUCGAUGCUUCGGAAAAACAGUCGGUCCAGGGUAAUCUGGAGACUGCCCGAUCAUUGCAGUCGACUUGGCCGGAACUUAUAGAACUCGCACGAAUGCAGCAACAAAGACGAAAAGGACAACAAAAACAGCAUUUUCUGCAGCAGUCAUCCGAGCCAUUCUUCCUUGUGCCGGAUUUCAUUCUAUUAGAUGACAGCAGCAUUGCAUCGAAACGUGAACAGCCCCCGAAGUCAAGCUUGACCUUCUCCCGUCUAUUUGCUAUCGCUGCCCUGAUGGCGCAACAGCAAUAUGAUCCUACAGGGAUUGCCAUGUGAUUUAACAAGCUAUACCAGAUUUGUGUAGUUCGCUUCCUCCACUCGGUGGUUUUGUACCUUUAACGGGGACCUCGACAGAUCUUCCCGUUACUUAUUCAUGAUGGGGUUACACGGCGGCAAAUAUCUCCACCCAUUGGACGCCGAUUUGUUUGCCAUGCGGCUUUUAACGAUUCUAACGGAAAUCCUCAGUUUUGUAUCACCAGUCAAUGUGAUGAACGAUCGCUUUGGCUCUGGGCACGUCACGAUACUAGCGGGUAAAUGGGGGAAGAAAUAGGUGUCUACAUCAGUGAAGUCAUAAUAGAGCGAUGACAAGUGACAGGCUGAUGAGGGCAUACAACUCUGUUAUCUCGCUUCACAUAGUACAUCGAUGACGCGAACAUGUUCCGCAAUUCAUAAUUCCAAUUAUACAUUAAUAUUACUAUCAUUAUAAUCAUACAGUCUUACAGAUCCUGCUAUAGCAUAGACAUAUACAUGGAAAAAUAAUAAUAGAGUACACGUGACGUACGCUAAACUGCCUGAAAACAAAAACCUACCACUAACAUCUACGUGCAGACGAUAUAACACACCAAGAAAUAUAUAAUCGGCAACUAAUCGAUGAGCGGAGCGCCAAUGCUGCGCGAGGAAAAGACAAGGUUUGGGGAACGACUGAUAACUGUUUAGCCUAUGCCUUUUUCCAAUCGUCGUCUCGGUAUAAGCUUUAUAUAGGCGAAGAAAUCAUUAAAUAUUUGUUCAAGAUGAACUGGGAAAAAGUGAGGUGCGGCAAUUGAUGCUCCAAAGCCAGCAAAAGCACAAACGAGGCGGAGAAAGCACUACAGGAAAUAAGGUUCUGAAGAAUAAUAUUUGCAUCCUAAUUACUACCUCAUAACUGCUUUUGAGAAGCCUAUGAGAAAUACUGAUGCAUGCUUGCGCGGAGGUACUUUUAUCUAAAGAUGAAAUUCGAAUACAUUCUUCUGAAACCAUGGGAUAUUCUUCAGUAGAUUACAUUGAAAAUAAUAUGGCAGGAUUGGUGGAACGUAAAGAAAAGAGAUGGAACUAUAAAACGUAUAAUACUCCAUAGGACAAAACGAUCUAAAAUUAGCUUUGUUAAAAAGCGCUUUCCAGGUAAGAGUAUAUCUGGCCUGCGAGAAGCUGCGUCGAAAAUGAGAUAUAUCUUUACUAUUAAUAAUUACUGACACGGCGUGACAUUUGCAUUUCCGGGGGCGCGGAAUAGACUUGUAAAGCUCGUUCUGCUGGUAACGGUCAGAAGUCCUCUUCUUGAUUUUCUACGUUUUCGUUGUUUUUAAAGCGGUUACAAUGGGCGAGUCCUUAACCAGGAUUUACUCGUCCCAAAUAAUAGGAACAAUUAGAUGAAUAGUGAUGAUUGGUGAUAAUCACUAUGGUAAGUACUUGCUGUGUAAUCCAGAACACGCACUUCAAUCUCAACUUGUGAUAAUAGAGUCAGGAGACGGAAACUUAAGGGAAGUUGUUGGAGAUUGUUGACGAAGUAGAUUUUGCCUCGGGAAAGGUUACUGGUUAACGGAGGGAAUCGUCAACGGGUGACAGUUACAUAAUUGACCGAUAGAUAUAUAUAUGACAGAAUAUAAUAAUCGUAAUUAUCGAUGUGUGGGAGUUACAGACAGAAGAAGAAGAAGAAGAAGAAGAAGAAGAAGAAGCUUACUUUAAAGAUUUCGUCAUUUAAUUGAAGUCGUGGGAACAACUCAAAAACGUACAUUUUAAAUUUCACUGCGAAUAGAUUACAGCAGGUAUGUCAUAUACUGGGCCCACAGAUACACCCACGCAAUUAACAAACAACUACGUCUGGGCAUCGUACCACGUUCUCGAAGCGUUCGUGGGUCGUCUAGGUGUCAGCGUAAAUGCUCCGCGCUUCCCACACUACCGCAUUUUAAAACGCGGUUUUACUUUUCUCGAUACCGAUACAGUUGUGGCCAUCUGCUCUUAUUUACCUCAUGUGAUAUGUAGAAGAAAAGAUAAUAAUAUAAAUAUCACAGCAUCUUACGUCUCUUUAUCGCCUACCGAAAUACUGAUGGAGAAAUAGUUAUUACUUUCUCUAAUAGAAAGAAACUACUGGAUGUUCAACAUUACUUAUACCGAAGGCACUCUCAAGUUGUUAUGAAAUUUUUAUCAUAAAAAAAAAUACACCUUUAGUGAUGAACGUCUAUAAACGAAAUGUUCGACAUGGAUAAUAUAGUUAGUUCUGUUUGCAAGAGAUAGAUUUCUGUCAAAAAUCGGUUAGGCCUAUGGUCGGUAAUAGUAAACUAGAGCGGUUUAGGCCAAAAAUACAUUUUCCAUUCGUUUUAACGGAUGCCUACAUUUGAAUCUUUUGAGAAGUAAUUAACCUGUAGAUCUGUACUUUUAGCCUGUAGAUCUCUCCGAGUUACUUGCAAUGAUUUUUGCAUAGAAUAUUAAUUAGGAUAGAUAUUCGCGUAUAAAUAUUAUACAAGAGAUAAUUACUUUAGAAAAAGUGUAUUUUGUCGAGAUAAUAAAGUGCUUUAUUUG